CGUUGGAUAUCAAAUAAAUAUUCAGCAAAACGACAGUUAAUGGGUAGAUUGAAAAGAGAGAAAAGAAAAGAAAGAAAAUAGAAGAAGAGGAGUAGAAGAAAAUGACGGAAGCAUGGAUUCGAGGUGUAGUUGAAGCAAUACAUGCAAGCCCCAUUCAAGCCGUUAUUUAUCUCUCCGGCGGUGCAUCUCAGGCGAUAGGGUGGUUAGUGUCAGUACCUGGAGCUUCAAACACAGUGCUGGAAUCAGUUGUACCUUAUUCUAGAAUGUCAAUGAUUCAAUUACUCGGAAAGAUUCCAAGUCAUUUUGUUAGUCUGCAAACAGCAGAGGAUAUGGCUUUAUUGGCUUACAGUCGUGCUCUUAAGCUCUCUACUCCAGGUUCCCCAGUUCUUGGUGUUGGUUUUACCGGUUCUCUAGCUAGCACGCGCCCCAAACUUGGUGAUCACAGGUUUCACUUGUCGACAAGAACAUCUGACCGACUUUGGACAUCUACAGUUACUUUGUCAAAGGGUCUGCGAACUCGGGAACAAGAAGAUGCCCUUUCAAGUCAGAUCUUACUCAAGGCAAUUGCAAAUGCAAGCAAAGUUCAGGCAACAUUUGUUUCUGACUUGACUGAAUCUGAUGCAUCUAAUGAAUGUGAAAAGCAAUUUAGUGAGGACCAAGAAUUGAAACAGCUUAUAAAUGGGCAAAUAUGCUUCAAGGUUUAUCCAUUUUCAAGUGUGUCACAUACGUCAAGUGAAGAAAGAAAGAUAAUACUUUCUGGUUCUUUUAAUCCAUUGCAUGAGGGUCACCUCAAGCUCAUGGAAGUUGCUGCUAGUAUCUGUGGCAAUGGGUAUCCGUGCUUUGAACUCUCAGCAGUCAAUGCUGACAAACCUCCUCUGUCAGUAUCACAAAUCAAAGAUCGUGUCAAGCAAUUUGAAGAAGUUGGAAAAACAGUAAUUGUUUCCAAUCAGCCUUUCUUUUAUAAGAAAGCUGAGCUUUUCCCUGGAAGUGCUUUUGUAAUUGGUGCAGACACAGCAGCUAGGCUGAUUAAUACCAAAUACUAUGACGGGGACUACGGAAAGAUGAUCGAGAUACUCAUGGGAUGCAAAAGAACAGGAUGCACAUUCCUUGUUGGUGGUCGUAAUGUAGAUGGUGUCUUUAAGGUUCUUGAAGACUUUGACAUUCCAGAGGUGUUAAAAGACAUGUUUGUCCCAAUACCACCCGAAAAAUUCCGCAUGGAUAUUUCCUCCACUGAUAUAAGAGAGAGUCGUGGACUGUGAAAAUGACAGGUCGCAACAUUUACUCAUGACAUGGUUCUUGUGUGAUGAUGAAGAUAAUAAGCAGGCAUCUACGACAAGUAUUAUUUCAUGUUAUUCAUGCAUACUGCAUCUGGAAAAAGAGAAAAACCGUGUACAGAUUUAGCAGAGUUGAAUAAGUUAUCCUAGUCGUAAAUUAUCUCUGCAAAUGUAUCUUGCAAAUUUUACAUUGAUAAUUUGUGAUGGGGUCGAAACUCCAAAUUGUGUCAAGAAAGACAUUUGAGUUACCGAUCAACAGACUUUAUUUUUCCUUGUGUGUCAGCUACAGCAGUUGCUAUGGAACUAGAAUGUGUUCUACAUGGCUUUGCCAUCUUUUAAGUUGGAUCAAUAAAAAUCUGUGGCCAGGUAUAUUGUUCA